AUGGAAACCACCUCCCAAACAAGUGCGAGCACAUCCACUGAGGCUACAACCACCACAGCCACGACUAGCACUUCUACUGAACCAACAGCCACAACCACAGCCAGCACUACAACAGAAACAACCUCUGAAACAAGUGCGAGCACAUUAACUGAAGCUACAACCACCACAGCCACGACUAGCACUUCUACUGAACCCACAACCACAACUGUAGCCAGCACUACAACAGAAACAACCUCUGAAACAAGUGCGAGCACAUCCACUGAAGCUACAUCCACCACAGCCACGACUAGCACUUCUACUGAACCCACAACCACAACUGUAGCCAGCACUACAAUGGAAUCGACCACCCCAACAAGUGCAGGCACAUCCACUGAGGCUACGACGACCACAGCCAUGACUAGCACUUCUACUGAACCCACAACUGCAGCCGCAGCCAACACUACAGUGGAUACAACCUCACAAACAAGUGCAGGCACAUCCACUGAAGCUACAGCCACUACAGCCACUGCAAGCACUUCUACAGAACCAUCAACCACAGCAUCAACCAGCACUACAACAGAAUCGACCACCCCAACAAGUGCAGCUACAUCCACUGAGGAUACAACGACCACAGCCACGAGUAGCACUUCUACUGAACCCACAACCACAACUGUAGCCAUCACUACAACGGAAACAACCUCCCNGAACCCACAGCCACAACCACAGCCAGCACUACAACAGAAUCGACCACCCCAACAAGUGCAGCCACAUCCACUGUGGCUACGACGACCACAGCCACGACUAGCACUUCUACUGAACCCACAGCCACAACCACAGCCAGCACUACAACAGAAUCGACCACCCCAACAAGUGCAGCCACAUCCACUGAGGCUACAACGACCACAGCCACGACUAGCACUUCUACUGAACCCACAGCCACAACCACAGCCAGCACUACAACAGAAACAACCUCACAAGCAAGUGAGAGCACAUCCACUGAGGCUACAACCACAAUAG